UGACAAUCAACAGUUGAGUUACUAACAAAAAUUAAAGCAUGUGAACGUUUACUUAUUAUUUGUGAAUCAGCUGUGCCUUUCGCAUCACCACCGAUUUUCUAGCGGGAAGUGGGAAGAAUAAGAAAGUCAGAUUGAACUCGUUUAUACGUCUAGUCAAUUUAUAUAAACAGUUGUAUUGUAGCAGAAGUUUUGCUCGAAUACACUUCAGUCGUAUUCCAUUAAUGUGACGUACGGCUCUAUUGUUGUAACGUGUGUAAAGUAUUUCAACCUUGAAAUAACAAAAGCUCAGUUGGUGACGACAUUCGAAUAAAUCAAAGACAUGCAAAGUGACGAAAUAUUGGCGCAUUUAACUGAUAUGUUUGGUGAUUACAUUGAAUUGGGAAGAAUUCAAACAACAAUGCGACGAUUCAACAAUGAUUUGGAAGCAUGCAUCGAAGCGCUCUUGACUGAUCAGGAGAAAUGCGGAACUGAAGUUCAGCUGUGUCAAACCGAACAAGUAGGUUUUCCAACUUCGGUAGCAGAAUCAAACACGCAGACUGCGACUGGAGCGAUCAAGAAAAGCCUUCCCCAAACAGUGAACUCGGGGCAAUGUCAGAAUUUCGCGUCGUUUCUUCAAAAAGGCAAUCAAUCUUUCGGUAUUGUCUCCCAAACACAAUCUGUUCCGAAACAUGCGAAUCGUCGGAGCGAUCAGUGCCCUCCAAAUUUCGGAAGUACUGUUGAGCGUAUUAAUCAAGGUUACAGGGUAAUGGUGCUGAUGCGCGGUGCCCCUGGUUCAGGCAAAUCUUAUCUAUCGCGAGUUCUGAUCGACAAAACACUUAGAAAUGGCGAUUAUCGAAAUCACAUUUUUAGUGCAGAUGAUUAUUUUCUAGUUAAUGGAGUAUACAGGUAUCGGGCUGAUCGAAUAGAAGACGCCCAUCGAUAUAACCAUAAUAACGUCCGUGCAAAAGCUCGUGAUGGGUGGAGCCCAAUAGUCGUAGAUAAUACUAACAUUAAGUUGUGGGAAAUGUACGCAUACGUUUCUAUUGCUGCUGAAUACGGAUAUCACUUGGAAGUUAUGGAACCGGUGACACACUGGAAAAACAAUGCCAAAAGAUUGGCUGCCAAGAACAUUCACGAGGUACCGGAACAUAAGAUAAAGGUGAUUCUUGGAAACUACGAAAUAUUGAAGAACACGGCUGAGUUGUACAAACUGUGCAAUUUACAUCAUGUAUUGGAGUUUCCACCGAAAAUGAGACAUUUUCCAAUCGUGAAGGAAGACUUACUACAUGAGGAAUCCGUUAAAAAUAUAGUUCACAAAGAAGACAACGACAAUACAGGGACGACGAAUUUCGGUCAGUGGAUUCCGUGGUCUUCGAUGCAACCAAAUGAAGGACAACUUUCUACUCAGAAUAUUGCGACUGAAUCUGAAAAUCAGAUGGAUAAACCCAUACCGAAACCACCGCGACAAACACCGAAACACAUGUUUGCUGCCACUGCCUGUAAAAGUGUUUCAACGAUCGAGAAUCAAAAUGAAGUUCUUGCUGUGGAAUCAAUCUCAUUGAAUGGUGAAAGUGAAGAAUCUGAAUGGAGAUGGCCGUCAGAUGUUGAAGCUAGCUGGGAGCCCUAUAAUGAAGAGAGUGCAAAAUUUUGGUCUAAAUCUAAUACUAACGAGAAGGUAUUGGAAUCUGCUACUUUUGCAGAACAAACUCCCCGACAUAAGCGCUCUGAAAAAAUGCCCAUCCCAGAUAAAAGUAAUUUCUCGUUGUCGAACGUGUCAAUACCAGCUGAGUGGCGCACACCGGAGAAUUCUGUCGGUGUAACACCAGUCAAACAGAACAAUAAGAAAAAAUCCGACAAUCAAAGAAUUGAACUUGUGAAACAUCGAAGAGGUUGUAAAAAUGAGAAUACAAGUUUCUCGGAGAUUUGCAACCUAUAUCCUCAAAUUCCGGCACAGUAUUUGUGGGAUCUGUUCGAAAAAUGCGACGGAGAUGGCGACUGGACGGCAAAUUUGCUAAUAGAAGAACAGAAGAUGUAUGAUUUUGAACAAGACAAACCCGAAUCAGAUAAAGCUGCCGAAGAUGGUCACUUGGAUUGUGAUUGCAAUGAGCCACAACCUCUGCAAGUACUCUCAAGUGGCAAUACAGGAGGAACUGGCGUAGAAUGCGAAACGGACCGAUUUGCGGUGAGUUCGGGAUCGCCGCGUAACACCAAUCGAAAGAAAGAUAAAAUGUUGUCGGGAGAUUUGCAACAGGCAAAGAAACAAUUAGAAGCGUUUGUAGUGUUGGGAAAGGAACACUACUCCGAUCACAUUCAGCAAAUUCGGGCAGCGAAAGGAAUCAUAAGUAAGGAAGAAGCCAAUCGGAACUCUGUAGAAAAUGGAAUUGUUAGCACAGAAGAACAAAGGGAACCGGUUCCAGAGGUUCUCGAAGUUACAUUAGGAUUAGAUCUUAUCAGACAACUUCAUGAAAUUUUUAAAAGUAAACAUGCACUGAAAUCGUUUUCAGUUGAUGAACUAACUAAAGAACAGACGAAGGUAUUUGUAAGCACUGAAAUGGCCGAACAGCUGUAUCUUGCCUUCAUGGAUACCAUGUACAGUCUGAGCGAAGAGAAAAAGCUAUGUACAAUCAAAAAAGAUGCUCAAGUUGCCCAGCAAUUAGAAACUCAACAAAGGUAUCCUGUCUUAUUCAAACAACCUUCCAACAACAUAGAUGCUCCGGAUCUGAAUGACAUAAUCGAAAUGGAAAACGCUCUAAAGGCGUAUCGCAAUGAGAUCAAUGGCUGGAUAAAACAAGUCCCGCAAGAUUUGGCCUCCCAAAUGACUCGCCAGAAGCUAGCUGAAAUGUUCCCCACUGUAGAACAUUCUGUACUGACGGAAAUUCUACAUGCACAUGACAAUAAAUUUCAUGAUACGGUGAAGGUGCUGAACAACUCGAUUCCGGAACAAUUGCGUGAUCAAGUGGCUCGUGAACGAGAAGCUCUAUUAAAACGAACAGAAACGGAAAAACACAAACCAACUUCCGCUCUUAUUACACUGACUACAGAUAACUUUAUUGAGCAGGACACUAGCGGUCGAAUAACUGGCGAAGACGCCAUCAACCUGCAUCUGAAAACAGCCGAAGAGUGUCGCAAUCUGGCACAACACCAUCAGGAACUGAAGAAUGAAUGUCACGAGAAAGCGCGCAAUGCCAUUCAACGGGGAAUGGCUGGGGUGGCCGAAUACUACGCCCAGAUUGCACGGUUGCAUCGAACAAAGAUCGAUAUGUACAAUAGUAGGGCCUCGAAUGCGAUCAUGGAAGUACACAAACUAACGCUGAAUAAUGCCGAUGUGCUGGAUUUGCAUUAUCUACACUCCGAGGAAGCUCUUAGGUGUUUGGAGAUCUUUUUAGCGGAACAAGCCGGACGACUGCGGUCUCGACAGCAACAGUACAAAGAACUGUUCAUUAUCACCGGGCGCGGUUUGCAUUCGGCAGACGGUAUCCCUAUCAUUAAGCACCGAGUGAAGGCUAUGCUGCGAGAUUUGGGACUGAGGUGCGUAGAACUGAAUCCAGGGUUCCUGAAAAUCAAACUAUACAACAAUGCUGACAUGCUGGAACGACUGAUGGUUUCCAACGGCUAACAGAGUUGCAUUUCCCGCGUUUUGCCCAUCACCAGCAGUGCGUUGAAGCCGUGCAGGGGAGUUAUCGCUGAAAACUUUAACGAGAAUGGGUAUCCCAUUAAAUUUUGAAUUUAUUUUUGUAACCAAAAACAAGAUUUCUCCCUUGUAUUGAAGUAUAACUGUUAUUUUGUUCCUUUUUUAUAUUAAUCCUGCCAUUUUGUUUUUUUUCUUAUGACGGUUAAACUUUAAAUUAAUGUAAGUUAAAUUUGUGCAGUAGUUUCAGUACCAAACACGUGUACCUGAUAAAAAAGAACAAUCAUACAGAAACUUCAUUCUGUCGAUUUUUAUUUUCAAAGUUGAUUAUUGCUCGUUUUUCGCAUUUUUACACAAGACAAAUUGAAAGACGAUGCUGAGAGUUGACUCAUCGUGUGAUUUAAAAUUAAUUUGCAUUUGUGGAUAAGCGCCAAGCGUAACAAAAUAAAAUGUACUGAGUUUACAAUAUGAGUGUAAAAAAUAUGUGCCUAUAAAAAUAAAAAAAAUUGAUCACUU